UUGUACAUUACAGUACACAAAAAAGUCCAAACCAAAUCGACCCAAAGAAAACUCCUUGAUCGCCCUCAAUAAAAAAACUAACUGUAUAUCUGCCCCUCACAAGCCACCACCAAGUCACCAACCCGAGUCCGAUGUAUACGCGCGGCAACAAUAAUAUCCUUUCCUUUCUUUUGUAUAAAAAACACCCGCCUCCGUCUCCAUCUCCGGUGAGCAGGAAGAGGGGGAGGGAGGAGGCCAAGAGCGCAGCGGCGAAGCCAUAGCCAAGCUCACCCGAUCCAGUCCCUGCCGCUCCCAGCGUGCCACAGCCAGUCCCGCGCUAGCUCAGCUCAGCUCAGAUUCACGAGCUCGUCUCCCAGAUCCAGCUUCGUCUGGUUGAAUUCUCUUCUUUGGAAGUGCUGGUGGGCGGCGUGGUUUGGUGCUUUGGGGGCCUGCGUGUUAAGUUUCUGCGUUCUCCGGGCUAUCUGCCUGUCUUGCUGCGGCCUGCGGCGGCGGGGUGGAGAUGGGGGUGGCCGGGGAGAAGUUCCAGCUGGGGACGGUGGGGGCGCUCAGCCUCUCGGUGGUGUCCUCCGUCUCCAUCGUCAUCUGCAACAAGGCUCUCAUGAGCUCCCUCCGCUUCAACUUUGCCACCACUUUGACAAGCUGGCAUCUUCUGGUCACCUUCUGCUCUCUCCAUGUAGCAUUAUGUAUGAAACUCUUUGAGCACAAACCUUUCGAUGCAAGGACCGUCAUGGGAUUCGGAGUGCUCAAUGGCAUAUCUAUUGGACUUCUAAACUUGAGUUUGGGUUUCAAUUCUGUUGGUUUCUAUCAGAUGACAAAGCUGGCUAUUAUUCCCUGUACUGUUAUACUGGAGACCCUUUUCUUCAGGAAGAAAUUUAGUCGGAACAUCAAGCUUUCCCUUAGUGUGCUCCUUCUUGGUGUUGGUGUUGCAACUAUAACUGAUCUGCAACUCAACCUUGUGGGAUCUGUAUUGUCCCUACUGGCAAUCAUCACAACCUGCAUUGCUCAGAUCAUGACAAAUACAAUACAGAAGAAGUUCAAGGUAUCUUCGACACAGCUCCUGUACCAAUCGUGCCCAUACCAAGCAUUGACUUUGUUCCUCGUCGGCCCAUUCCUUGAUGGGUUUUUGACUAACCAAAACGUCUUUGCUUUCGACUACACAACUCAAGUCCUGUUCUUCAUCGUGCUGUCGUGCCUGAUCUCGGUCUCGGUAAACUUCAGCACUUUCCUUGUGAUCGGGAAGACGUCGCCUGUAACCUACCAAGUUCUCGGCCACCUGAAAACGUGCUUGGUCCUCGCCUUCGGCUACGUCCUGCUCCACGACCCGUUUAGCUGGAGAAACAUACUUGGAAUCCUGAUCGCGGUGAUCGGGAUGGUCCUGUACUCGUACUUCUGCACUAGAGAGACUCAGCAGAAGCCGGCAGAGGCCUCCCCGCAAGCCAUCCUGCAGGCAAAGGAGGGUGAAUCGAACCCUCUGAUCUUGGAUUCCCUGAGCGCCGCCGAAAACGGGGGCAGUGCCACCGACGACGAGCCUCUGAAGGUGCCAAUGUGGAGCUCGAAGUACUCCAAGGCGUGAAAGGCUGUUCUGUUACUGGUGUACUACGGUGUUAUACAGAAUUCAGCUUGGUAGGCAGAUACUACUACUAGGGUUGGAAGGCAAUCCUGUUCCUGUUCCUGUUCCAUUUUUGGCCUUCUAUUUUUUUUCUUGUUUUCAUCCUUUCUGGCAUAUACUACAAAUAUAUGUGUUGCUGUUAGUAAAUGGAUCUCACUCUUUGGAGGAUGAUACCUCAGCUCGAGACGAGUGAUCUGUCUGAAAGCUAUUUCCUUGUGUUCCAUCCACUCCACAGUAUAAACUGGUAGAUGGACAUGAUAUCAACAGUAGUGGUUUGCAUUCUUUUGUACUA